UUUUUGUUUCAUUUGAGGCCGAUCCACGAUCCACGUGUUUUUGUGCGUUGUGCGAGCACCUCUCAUUGACGUUGCCCAAUUUCUCUUGAUUAUUCUCGAAUUUAUCGUGUAAAAUGGCUAAAAGCUUGAGGAGCAAACACAAGAGGAAAAUGCGAGCUGUAAAAAGAGUUCGUUACGGUGCCAAAGAACUCGUGAAGCUGAAAGAGACCGUGGCGAAACUCAACGCUCCCGAUGGCCAAGGCGUGGACAUGAGCCAACUUUCAGACACUGUGAUCUUGGCAAACUCCAAGGCUGUCGUGGAGGCAGUCAAGGCUCAGGAGACGACUGACCAAUCCAUGGAAGUCGACAGCAAGAAGUAUGACAAGAGGACAUUCAAGGAUAAGGACGGAAAUUACCCACCUUGGUUUAAUAAGAGGAAAAUCAAGCAACUCCAGCUGAAGCACAAGAAGGUGAAGCAAAAGCAACUAACAGGCAAGAAAAAGGCUGGGGGAAAGCGUAGACACAGAUAAAUUACUUCGACGGUUAUAAUUUUUAUUUUUCUCUCGACUAAUUGUAAUGCUAUGGAAUUUAAGAUAUGCUUGAAUUAAAAUAAUGUUCUUCUUAAAUUUA